CUGCAGACGGUGAAAGACAGCGGCAGCGUCGGGCUGUUGGCCGCCGCCGUCUUCUCGUUUUCCAAGGAUGGCAUCGGGGACGACGAGGUUCGAAGGGCCAUUCUGAACUCUGGUCAUGUCGAGAAACGAGCCGCCGCUGCGCAGCUCAGUGAACAAGUUUCCUCAGUCGACGAUUCUCAGACAACUUCAGCUUCAGCCGUCGACUCUGACUGGGAACUGCUGCUGCGACAGGAGGACUUGCGCGUGUAUCGAAGACGUGUUUCAAACCGAGUGAACUUCUUUGAAUACAAAUGCGAAGGCACCUACCGCGACAUUUCUCCGAUGAAGUUUUAUCAAGCACAGAUGGACCUCGAGUAUCGGAAAUGUUGGGAUCACCAAAUCAUAUCAAUCGAUGUUUUAGAAAAGGAUGAGAAUACAGGAAGCGAGGUUAUCCGCUGGAUCAUGCGGUUUCCGUAUCCAAUGUAUCCUCGUGAGUACACCUUUGUGCGACGCAGUUGCAUUGACCCGGACAAGAAGACCAUUGUCAUUACGUGUAAAGCGGUACAUCGCUCUUUGACACCUAAAGUAAAAAAGUGUGUCUCCGUUCGGGACUAUUUCAGCUGCAUGACAAUUCGGUACCGGUCAGACAUUACUGAGGUAUGAUC